UCCGUACGCAGUCGACCACCAGGUUGAGGCAACGCUCAUGAGAACCCCGUAGGCACUAGCGCCACAUUUCCCUCUAGGGUAUUUAUUUAGAAACUCUAUGCUAAAAGCCAUAGAGUUUCUAAAAGCAGACGGCACGUGGUUUCUGCUACCCGCCCGAUCGGCGUGUGAGCGCGGCAAUGUUUUGACCUGUGGUAGCUGGUUCUUUGCUGUUUUGUUUACGCGUGCUCCCUGUCGUCACCGUGCUUGCCAUUCAUCUGUUUCAAGCAAUUACCAGAUGGUCUGCUGCUCCCGCUUGUAAAUUAUGAUCCCACUUAGAUCUCUGCGCCGGGCUAGCGCUGCUUCUAAGCGUCUGUGUCAAUGUAAAUAUAUUGUCAGGGCUUGUUCAAGCGAUGGCGGUGGUAAAAAGUCUGAUUCCAUGGUAGAUGAUAUCUCUGAGGAACGCAGGCCGUUUAAUAUUUUGCGGGAUGAGUUCAGAGGCUAUUUUAAACCGAAGGGCUCUGAAGUACAGGAGCCGCUUUUUCCAAACGAAGUGGAUAUUUUAGUGGUUGGUGGAGGUAUCAUGGGAUCAUCCAUUGCCUACUGGCUCAAGCAGAGAGCGCCCGAGAGUUUCACUUUGGGCGUGUUGGAGCGCGAUUUGACGUAUGCCCGAUCAUCCACAGUGCUGUCAAUUGGAGGAAUAAGGCAGCAGUUUUCAUUGCCUGAAAACGUCCAGCUCUCGUUGUUCAGUGCCGAGUUCCUUAGAAACGUCAAGCAGAACCUUAGUGUUUUGGACUUCGACCCACCUGAUAUACAGUUUCAGCCACACGGUUACCUGUUCCUUGCCUCUGAGAAGGGAGUGGGCCAAAUGGUGAAAAACUCGCAAAUGCAGGAGGAACUGGGGGCCAAGAUUGAAUUGCUCAAGCCUGAUGUGCUUGGGCAGCAGUUUCCAUGGAUAAAUACUGAAGGUAUCGCACUUGCAUCGCAUGGUCUAGAGAAUGAAGGCUGGUUUGAUCCAUAUGCUCUUCUUACUGCCUUGCGACGAAAAGCAGUCUCUCUUGGAGCACGGUAUCUUAAUGCAGAACUUGUAGGGUUUGAAUUUCAAAGUACGGCUGCACAUCCAGGACCCGAAAUAUCGUACGAGCCUGUAAAUCAGGCAUUGGUGAAGACACCAGAUGGAGUGACACGCAAGAUUACCUUUGCCAUUUUGGUGGUGGCUGCAGGCCCACACUCUGGUGAAGUGGCCAAGUUGUUGCGUGUUGGUACUGGACAAGGACUUCUGGAGUUUCCUCUGCCUGUCGAACCUAGGAAGCGCUAUGUGUACGUUGUGCACUGCCCAGAUGGCCCUGGGCUCAACUUUCCGCUGGUUGUAACACCUAAUGGAGUGUACUGUCGUCGAGAGGGCCUUGGGGGCCACUUUGUUUGUGGCAAGUCGCCUGCUCCUGAUGAAGAACCAGACGUUGGGGAUCUUGAUGUGGAUUAUUCAUUCUUCGAUAAAGCAAUUUUGCCAACACUUGCACACAGGAUUCCAGCUUUCAAGUCCUUGAAGGUGAAAAGUGCCUGGGCUGGAUUCUACGACUACAACACAUUAGACCAAAAUGGUUGCGUGGGACGGCACCCUUGUUAUAACAAUGUUUUCUUCGCAACUGGAUUCAGUGGACAUGGCAUCCAGAUGGCACCUGGAGUUGGUAGGGCUAUUAUGGAGCUCAUACUUGAUGGCAAAUAUGUCAGCAUUGACUUAAGACGUUUUGGCUUGGAGAGAUUUAUACAUCAAGAGCCUAUUAAAGAGGCUAGUAUUGUGUAGUACAAGUGCUAGCGGUCUCAAGGCCACAGUGUAAUAUGUUAUAUUAUGGGACUUGCACGGUAGAAGUGCUGUCUGCCCAUUUCAAAUUCCAAAUGAAAGAUUUACCUGCUGUGGGAGUAUAGUCAGCCAGCAUGUUUUAUUUGGUACUGCUGCAGCCAAAUGUGAAUGCCUUUAAAAGCUUGCAUCAACUUGUUCAGCUUGUUCAGAAAGUAGAAGCUCGAAAAAUAACCAUCCUAGCACAUCAUCUUCACAUAUGUCAGUAGUAGACAUACAAAAUGUUCUUGAUCUCAAAGCCGGAGUAUGAAGUGCUAUACGCCUAUUUUAAAUACGGAACAAAUGGCUUGCCUGCAGCAGUAGUAGCAUAGUCAUUGUCCACCCCACUCUAUACAUUUUUGGGGUGCUGCAGAUAGAGCCAAAUGUCAAGCUUAAAAUUUACUUCUACAGAGCUUUAGAAAAUACCUUGAACCUUCAAGGUGAAAAAUAAAGUGCAAAGCUUUUAAUUUUUGUUGUGAACAUGCACAUGCAUGGUGGCAGCAGCCACCCUAGCACAUCACGUUGACACCUAGAAGUUUUUGAGGUAGUACAACUAUGCUUUAGAUAUAGAUAAAUCAGCCUUUAAUGUCAAAUGCAGGCACAUUGGAUAUUGGGAAUUCAUUCACAUAAAUGUAAAUUAUUCAGCAGAAAAUGUUCUGAACACAAAUGCAAGGUGCCCUGAACUCGGAUUUGUUAUGGAAGUUUUGUUAUGACAGGCUCCUGUUACCAACACAAGCUGAGAACUAGCAUUCUGAAGUGUCUGUUGUGCCACAAUAAAGAGAUGCCAUUGCCAUUA